AUGGGCAACUGCACGGGAAUUUGUGGUAAGGAUAUGGUGGCUCAAACAAUUGAGGAUAAGAAACAAAAGUUAGAUAUGGAAGAAUAGUAGCAAAUGGAGAUAGCUUUGGCUGUUGAAGAUGUGCCAUAGGAUGAUGCUCAAUAGUAAGCUCAACCAAAAGAGGAGAAUUUGGAUGAAUUAAAGUAGGAACAGCAGCAUGAUGACAAAUAGAAAAAUGAGUCCUAUCAUGAAAAAGUGAAACAAGUGGAAAGCAACGAAGCUUCAGUUAAUCCUCAUAAAGAUAGUUAAAAUAAUCAACAGCCAGUUCCUGAUGAAUAGAAGGAGUAUGAACCAGUAACUUUGGAGACAGGUGCCACUUAUGCAGGCUAAUGGAGAGGGAAAAUGAGAUGGGGUUGGGGAAAAUAAGUUUGGCCAGAUGGCUCUGUAUAUGAAGGAUACUGGCAGAAUGAUAAGGCAUGUGGCAAGGGCAAAUUAAUACAUGCUGACGGAGAUGUCUAUGAAGGUGAAUGGCUUAAUGACAAAGCAAACGGAGAGGGCAAAUACAUUCACAACAAUGGAGCUCAAUAUGUAGGAUUUUGGAAGGAUGAUAAAUAACAUGGAAAUGGUAAGGAGACUUGGCCAGAUGGAGCACAUUACGAAGGAUAGUAUGAGGAAGGAAAGAAACAUGGAAAAGGGAAAUUAGUCUUUGCUGACGGUUCUAUGUAUGAAGGAUAGUUUGAUAACAAUGAUAUACAUGGAUAUGGUGUUUAUGUCUGGGCUGACAAUAGAAAAUACUAAGGCGAAUGGAAGAGGAACAAAAUGCAUGGUAGAGGAACUACAACCUGGCCAGAUGGUCGUAGUUACGAGGGAGAUUACGAAGAUGAUAAGAAACACGGAUAGGGCACAUUCAUUUGGAGUGAUGGUAGAAAAUAUAUAGGAGAAUGGAAAAAAGGGAAAUAACAUGGCAAAGGAAUCUUUGUUAAACCAGGAGGAGAAUAAAGAGAAGGAGAAUGGAUUGAUGGUAGAAGGUAAAGAUGGUUGGAUGAAGCUGCUGGUGAUGGACAUAAUGCUAAUAAUUGAUAAUAAAGAUAUAUUUAAAUUCCAAUUUAACUUUCUUAUUAUAAACUUAAA